AUGGCUGACAAUAUGGAGUGUGAUCUCAGUAACUCUGAUAUGCCUAUGGAUAUGCAAAUUAACACAGAAAUGGACGAAGUAUGCAAAUUGUACAAGUAAAAAUAUACAGGGUGAAGUCAAUACUUAAUAUAUACACUUUGUCAUUAUUUUACUUUAAUAAUUUUGGGGUUUUUUUUUCUGGGACUGAAUCCGGUUUGUAUCGGAAUAUUAAAUAGGUACCAUCAAAAAGACGGUACAAAGAUAAAUUAAAAGCUAAGGACCCAGGUUACAGGCGAAGAUAUGACCGUCGUAACGCUGAAAACCUUAAGAAAAGGUAAGAAAUUAUUCUUAUUUUCCUAAAAAGGCACUAUAACAAUAUUAAUGUUGUUCAUUGAUAUUUGACUAUAUAUUACAGAAUAUUUAUAAAGAUAUAGAAGAGGUAUUUAUUAAAUUGCAAUGUCAUUAAAAUUUUUAAGAUUCAAGAUUGGUAUGAAUUUACAAACUGUCCAACAGUGGCUUUGACAUGGAUAAAUGGACAAAUAUAUUAUUCAGGUAGAACAUAAUUAUGUAGGCAAUGUAGCAAAGAAGUGGUAAAGAAAGUUUAAAUAGGUAAAAAGUUGAAAUUGUAAUCCAGUAUUGUUAUUUAAGAAUAUGAAUCGAUCAUUAAAUCAGUACUCUUCUGCAAUUAAUCUGAUUCAGUUACUAAAAUGGGUACUCGCCUGCUAUCGUACAUUAUAAUACAGCAUUUGUGAAUUCUGAACGCUGAUUGGCUAAGAGCUGUGUUGAUAUAACUCAAUGUCAACACAGAAAAUUUUCCUCCACUUUUAUAAAAGUUUUUUAAUUAGUUUUGUCCUUCAUAUUUGUUGUGCUAUAUUAUAAAAGAAAUAUAAAACAAUCUUCAUGUUGAUAUUUUUUCGUUUUUCCAAUUUCUACUUGUGUCGAUAUAACUGUAUAUCAACACGGAAAUGUUUUAUAUUUUCUUAAGUAUAAACUAUGCAAAGGACUUGUCUGCUCCCAAUAGUAAUGCAUAGUUAACUUAUUUCAUUAAGGGGAUUUGCUGAAAGAUCUGAUGUCAAAAAAGCAUUUGUAUCUGCCAUAUUUGCUUCACAUUCUGUUGGACCAAACAGUUUGGUAACAGGUAUCAGUACAGUACCAUUCAUGAAAUAAAUGUUGUGUAAAUGUUGCUACAGAGUGCAUGUAAAUUACCUACUCUUUAAACACUAGUACUUAUUUCUCUUUCUGUUAUCUGUGUGCUUUAAUAUUUCGACAACAAAGUUAUCAAAUUUUUGUAAAUGAAGAGUGUGCUAAAAAUAUGUGCACAAUGUCAUCAUGAUUUGUGAACUGUACAGAAUACAAUCCCUCACUUGUGUAUUGAAGUGUAAUGCUUUGCAAUUAUAUAAUUAAGUUAUGGUAUUAUUAAAUUUAUAAUUAUAGAAAAUGUUGAAGAUUUGAAUGUGGCAGUCAAAAUUCCAGAAGACUGGAAAAAAUUGAAUGCACAUGGAAAGAGGAAGCUAGUUAUCGCUCUAGUUACAAAUAAUGGUAAUGGAUAAUUAAUCCCCAGUGCAAUGACCAAAAUGCUUGAAUGUACAUAUAUAUUCAAAGUAUAUAUAAACACAAUAGCAGUUUGGUUAACAAAAUGAUAUAAACUAGUCAGCUAGAGUAGCUUUUACCUCAAAAGGUUGCCACUACAUUUUAUUCAUCCGAAUGUAAUCAUAAGGUGGCUGCCAGAUUAACAAACAUCUAUUUGUGUUAUUUUUAAUAAGGAACCAAACAACCUCAUUGGGGUGAUGAGGAACACAGACCAGAAUGGUGGCCAUCUGGUUUGUUGUUUUGUGAUCCCAGUAAUGGUAGAAACAGACCUACAGUGGGGAUGUUAGAUGUUAUGUCUUUGUGAUUUUUCAUGUAAAUUUGUAUUUCAUGUCUGUGUUUCUGUCUAGUUUUGUGUAAAAUCACUGCAAUAUUUUUCAUAUACACAGUGUUAGAUCCCAAACCCCAGAUGAUAUGCUCCGCUCAGGUUGGGAACCAUUAAAGUUUCGUGGAGAUGGGAAUUGCCUGUUUCGGUCCAUGUCAGUGGCCAUAACUGAUGACCAGUCUGAAUGCCUACAUCAAUGGCUAAAGCUUUGGUGUAUUGUACAUGGCUGUUUAAAUGAACACUUAUACAUCAAGCAGGUGCUUUAAAAUUUUAUAAAUACUGUAGAUUAUAGCAGCUUCCAGCUGUGCUAUACUGUGCAUCUUUCCUAUACCAACAGAGGCUGGGUAAGAAAAGUGUAAUGUAUAUUACUGCAAAACUAUAUAUAACUUUAAAAAAUGAUAUAAUUUUUUCCUCAGUUCCUCGCCGAUGCAGAUCGCGUUGAUGGUUUGCUCGCCCUAAUAACUGAUGAUGAUAUAUAUGGCAGCGUUAGUGAAAAAAAGACUAUGAAAGAAAAAGUCAGUUAUGUUUACCAGCGUGAGGUAAUGAAAACCUCAGUAGAUGGUCGUUACUCUGGUAUGUAACAGUAACAGAAGAUUCUGUGAUCAAUUUGUGCUGUAAUUUAGAACCCGAGUUUGUUUGUAUCAUUCCCGGAACAAUACUGAGGAUGAUGGAUCAGAUAAUAGUACUUAAACUGUCUGUACCAGUGUUGGUAGUACCAAUGUGAAAAUGCUGUGCUGAGUGGUUAUAUUACUACCUUAAAAAAUAAGCAGAAACUCAACGUUUCGAGUGAAGGCCCUUCGUCAAGGAAUUAGUAGCCAACGAAGGGCCUUCGCUCGAAACGUUGAGUUUCUGCUUAUUUUUUAAGGUAGUAAUACAGUAUAACCACUCAGCACAGCAUGAUCAGAUAAUAGUACUAUGUUUUUUCAUCAUAAUAAUAACAGGUUAUCUCCAAAUCGUGCUUUUGGCUGGCUUGCUAAAAACUAAUAUAUAUCAACAUUGCUCCGCACCUGGUUACGAACUGUACACAACACAGAAAUUUGUCCCCCAAAUGGUUCAAAGGAUUCCCCUUCAUCUGCUUUGGUGUCAUGUAUCUGGUGGCAUAAUAAAUCAUAUUGUUCCAUUGUUGAGAUAUGAUACUGACGAGCGUAAGAAAUUUUUAUAUAUUCGAUUUGUUCAUAGAUUUUUUUCAUGUAAUAAUGGAGCUUGAGUCAUGCAUUGUAUGGGAUUUCUCAUCACCUGACAAUGUAUGAUAUGGGUAACUUCAAAUUCAUAUAGCUUAAAACAAAAAGGCGUGUUGAAAAUUUAUUAUUCUAAUUUGAUCCAGUUACCAGAAAAUGGUCAGUUACUAACGUUUGAAUUCAUUAAGUUUUAAUGAGACUAAGAUAAUAUAUUUUCAUUAUACUUUACAGAUUUCAAUACCUUUUCCGAGAAUUUCGACACUGUUUGUGCGUGCUCAUCAAAAUGCCAGUUUGUGCAUAACCUCGACAGUGCUGGCCGUGAGAAGUGGAUUUUAUGUGAACAGUGCUUGUUGUGGUAUCACGAAAGUUGUGUAUGCUACACAAAGGGGAGGAGUUUGCCAUCGCGUUGGUUCUGCGGUUCUCUGAAACAACCUGAAUGCAUUUGGUAUUGUGAUACAUACAUGCGUACAUUUUUCAACUACCCAGUCGCCUGUAACUACAAGUCGAUAUUAAACUUGUUAUACGUACCCUUCCAAUCUCUUUUUUGUCUGUCAAUUUUCUCCGCUGACAAAAGAAACUCAAGUUCCUGCAGAAAUACAAAAUUAUAUCCAUGUUAAUUUUUACAAAAUUGAUGAAUUAACUCGUUACCACUUGCAAAGUAAACAAACAAAAUUUUCAACUGCUUUCUUUUUCCCUAAAUUUUUUGUUUCAUCUUCAUAACUUUCAGCGGUGAGGAUUGUGAUGAUCCAGUCAAACUACGACGAUUCUUUGUUAGAUCCCCUAAUGCCGAAUUGAAAGUAAGAAUUGAAUUUGCUUAAAUGGUUUAUUUGUUUAUUAAUUUUGGAGACACCCGUUCCUCAUGAAUGCUUCUGUCCAUUACUUUUUUUGACAAAUAUUCUUUAGUUGUUUUUAGGUAGUCUCGCUAACAAAGAGGUGAAGAGCAGGAGAGUGACUUUCUUCCUGGAAAGUUUAUCUGGCAAUCAGGAUGGAAAAAAUCUAUUAAAAAAAAAUACUGGUUCAGGUGUAUUCAGAGAUGUCACUACAGUAAGUAUUUAUAAAUAUGUGAACUUGUUUGGUAUUUUAUUUUGUUUACAGUAAACUCGGUAUACGUUAAUAUUCUAUCAAAAUAUCCUUCCUGCUGCUUGUUGUGGAAUAUUCUGAUAGAUGAUAUUCUGAUAGACUAUAAUAUCCACAUAAUUUCAAUCACAAUUGAGUGCCAUUCGAAUGAUUUAAAUGUAUUUUACGUUAGAAAUUAAGAAAAACAGGAAGAAAAAAAACAAGUUGUGGGAAAAGCUACUUUUAUAUAUAGAUGUAUAGUGCUAUAUAUAUAGUACUAUAAUAUAUAUGUUCUUAUUUCGUAUAUUGUACAUAUAUUCUUUGUUUAGUUUUUCAAAUAAAUAUUUUAAGCGCUCUAAUGUUCGAUUUGAACUCUUUAUAGAAAGAUUACAUAAAGAAGUAUGUAAAAUCGAGUGUAGAGAACGAUAACAGACUGCUCAUGGACGAAAUUACCAUGCUGGAAGAGCGUGAGCAGUAUAUUUUUGAAGUGUGUGUACCAGAGGUAAAAAUAGAGAGUUUGAGCAAGACAACGAAGUACGAAGACGAAAACGUACUUGACAAGUUUUCGACGUCUGCGCAUUAUUCCGCGCAUACUGCGGUUGGUGCCAGCGGUUGCUUUUCGACGUCUUCGUUGCACAGCCUUCGUUGAGAACGAAGAAUUUUACAAAGUUCGUUGUGGUGACAACGAAGAAGUUUGAAAGGUAAAAUCUUGGUAGUUUCAUAGUCACCAAUAUUUUGAUCCAAAUCGAUGGAAGUGUCAUCAUGAACGUCUGGUUAGUCUACUUCAGCAGAAAAGGAAGCGCCAGUUACUUUCGAUCUUCUUUUCUGCCUGUGUUCAUCUUUCUUCUUGUACUUCAACUUUGGCAAAUUAUCCAAAUCGUAUCUCCCUUUUUUUUCUCCAAAAACCUUUACUGUAAUGUUGUCAAUGUUUACACAUUGAGUUUUUGCCAGCCAUGUUGUUUUCGGUAUUUGGAUGUCUCGUUACCAGACUCCAAGAAUACUGACUCGGCCGUGGUUAUUUCUGUGGUUAUGAACACAAAUUGUGACGCCUCAAUAACUGGCCUUUUGGAGCAACUCUGUGAAAUUAUCAUCAUCAUCUGGAACUGGGAUAAUAGUGCCAUUGUUGUGGAUUAA